CAUGCGCACUGAAUUAAUCACAGCCAUUUUUUGCAGGAAACUAAUUAGCAGGAAUAAAGAUCCAAAGAGUUUUUUUCUUUUCAAUCAUCAGAUCUCACUUUCACCUCUCCCUCGCUCCCUCUAACACAAGACUCAUCGCCUGCUUUGCAUCCAAAUUAUUUUUAUAUUGCCCUAUACAACUAAUACUUCGUUUUUUUACACUCCGCAACAACAAUGAUCUUUCUUUUGCCAUUCUAAACGCAAACUGACCAAAAGGGACUGCCUUGAUGGGAUCUUUAGCCGAAUCGUCUCAAUACUGGAUUAAAAAGCAAGGAUCACAAAGCGGCAGCGAAAAAUUGCCUGGAUGCGAUGAACACCUCAUGUAGGCAUCAGCAUGGACAGCUGUGAGUCUCCCGUGGUUUCUGGGACAGACAAUGGGCUCGGCUCCUCCACCACCUCCCAGCAACAGCAGCAGCAGCAGCAUUACCCUCUGCAGACCUGGAACGAUCACUCUAACUCGCAGGUCCCUCCCAGCAGCCAGCCCUCUUCCCUGGAGCCCCUGUCUCUCUCUGCACCCUACCCCUCUGUGAGAGAGCCACAGCAGCAGCAGCAGCAGCAUCCAACCCGGACCCCACCCCUGGCCCACAGCGACAGCUCCGCCUCAGGCCAGCUGCACCCCAGAAGAGAGGAGCUCAACGAGGAGCAGGAGGGAGUGAGCUGCGGAGAGGAAGAAGAAGAAUUGGAGGACUUGGAUGAGAUGGAGAUCGACAGCUGUUUCCCAAGUCUGCAGCCCUUCCCCGGAGUACCCAUAGCUCCUGGAGGAGGGGGCAUGCCCACGCUGCUACGCCAGCAGCCCAACCGACGAAGGGGUUUGGUGGAGAGCGGGAGUGAGGAAGGAGAGGAGGAGGAAGAAGAGGAGAACAGUGAUGUGGAGAACCUGGCUGGAGAGAUAGUCUACCAGCCGGACGGCUCAGCCUACAUUGUUGAAAGUCUCAGCCAGCUGAUCCAAAGCGGAGGGGGUGCGGUGCCCGGCCUGCUCCCCACAAACUCUCUCCCCGUGGCGGGGAAGCCGGGGGAACCUGCUGGGACCUCAUCCUCGGUGUACCCUCAGAUCAUCAACACGUUCCACAUAGCCUCGUCGUUUGGGAAGUGGUUUGGUUCCUCAGACCAAGGUUUCCCCAAUACCUCCACCCUGGCAGGCCUCAGUCCUGUCCUGCACAGUUUCCGCGUCUUCGAUGUGCGGCACAAAAGCAACAAGGAUUACCUGAACAGCGACGGGUCUGCCAAGAAGUCCUGCGUAUCCAAAGAUGUUCCCAACAACGUGGAUUUCUCCAAAUUUGAUGGACUGGCCCUUUAUGGCAAGGGAAAGCCCAUCCUCAUGUGUUUUCUCUGCAAACUGUCCUUCGGCUACCCGCGGUCUUUCGCUACUCAUGCCGUCCACGACCACCGCAUGACCCUAUGUGAGGACGAGAGGCGACUGCUGGGGGACAAUAAGGCGUCUGCCAUCAUCCAGGGCAUCGGGAAGGACAAAGAACCACUCAUCAGCUUCCUGGAACCAAAAAACAAGAGCUUUCCUAUGCCGGCACCCUCCACCAUGGUCCCCAUGAACUCUGGCCAAGGCUUCUAUGGCACGUUCAGUGGGAUCCACCUGGAGGCAGGGAGCAGCAGUGGGGGCAGCGAGGCCCUCCUGAACAAAGACUCUGACUCCUCUGGCCUCCAGCAGCAGCAAGGCUCCCUCCUCUCUCUGGGGGGGCUGGGCAACCCCAAAGCACCUGCUCUUACCUCAACCCCAGGCCCUGCCAAAGACUCCAACACCCUGCCCAAGCAGGGAGGGAGAACAGAGGGGCCUGCUGGGAAAGAGGGGAUCCGCAGGCGGGAGCACGGGGACAAGGAGGGGCGAGAAGGCAAGGUACGUUUUGCUAGCCAGGAGGGGGGCUCGGAAGAAGAGGAGGAACUGUUAUUAGAGGAAGAGGAAGACGAGGUGGAGGAAGAAGGAACUGCGCUGGCCUGUGUUGGUAACAGUAGCAGUGGCGGUGGAGAAGUGGGGAAACCGGCUGUAUCAAACCAAAGCAUUUCCAAAUCUCCUUUAUUAAUACCUAGUAGCGCUCUCCAGCCUACUGCCUGCCCAUCUGCAGCCAGCCCCACGCUCAACAGCAAAGCUCCAGCUUCCACUUCUUCUUCCUCUGUCAGGGAAGAGGGCUCGGCGUCAGACGGUGGGGGGAGGACCUCGGAGCUCCCUCUGAGCUUUAACUGCCAGGGGCCCACUGUCCCCAUGGCGAUGGCAGCUGCAGCCAGCAGAGGGAGCGAGGACGUCGCCGCGGGCACCUCCUCACCUCUGGCCUCCAACGCCUCCGCCGACGAAAGUGCCAAUCGAGAUAGUGCCACAGCUCCUGAACCAAAUGAUUGCCCGGCAGAGGGAGAGGAGGACAGCGGAGCCCUUCUGCACCAUCACCACCUGCACCAUCACCACCACCACCUCCACCCCUCAGCCCACUCCCACUCUCACCCACACCCCCACCCAGGGGGGUCCUGUGAAAUGGGCGGUGGCGGUGAGUGCCCUCAGAACCACGGGCCUGGAGGAAGUGGGGUGGAAUGCCCCAAAUGCGACACCGUCCUGGGCUCCUCGCGGUCCCUGGGCGGACACAUGACCAUGAUGCACUCGCGCAACUCAUGCAAGACACUCAAGUGUCCCAAGUGCAACUGGCAUUACAAGUACCAGCAGACCCUGGAGGCCCACAUGAAGGAGAAGCACCCAGACUCCGGUGGCUCCUGUGUGUACUGCAGCAGUGGCCAGAGCCACCCGCGUCUGGCCCGAGGAGAGAGCUACACCUGCGGAUACAAGCCCUUCCGCUGCGAGGUGUGUAACUACUCGACCACCACCAAGGGCAACCUGAGCAUCCACAUGCAGUCGGACAAGCAUCUGAACAACAUGCAGACCCUGCAGAACGGAGGUUCCAUCCCCUCCGCCGAGCAGCAGGUGUUUGGCCAGCACCCUGGAGGGGUCGGAGUGGUGACCGUGCCCUCUGUGACCCAGGCCAGCACCCACCACCCGCCACACCACCACCACCCCGCCCAGUCCUCCGCCCACCUGGCGGGGCCCUGCGGUUCCCCCUCGCCCACCAAGCCAAAAAGCAAGCCCACGUGGCGCUGCGAAGUGUGCGACUACGAGACCAACGUGGCACGGAACCUGCGCAUCCACAUGACCAGCGAGAAACACAUGCACAACAUGAUGCUGCUGCAACAGAAUGUGACCCAGAUGCAGCAUGGUCGGCUGGGCCUGGGGGCCAUGCCCUCUCCCUCCGAGGCCGAGCUCUACCAGUACUACCUGACCCAGAACAUGAGCCUGCCCCCAGGCCUCAAGAUGGACCCGGCUGGAGCUGAGGCCCAGUUCCUGCUGGGAGGCUUCCACCUGGACCCCAACAUGGCCGCCUUGGCCCCCCAACUAGCGUGGCCAGUAAAUGAAUGCAUGAAUGUAGGUGGGGAGAUCCCCAUGGACAUGCGGCUGGGCGGCGUUGGUGGUCAGUUGGUGUCUGAGGAGCUGAUGACCCUGGGGGAGAGCUUGUCGCAGACCAGUGACCCCUCCCUCAAGCUGUUCCAGUGUGCCGUGUGCAACCGCUUCACCACCGACAACCUGGACGUGCUGGGCAUGCACAUGGGUGCUGAGCGCAGCCUGCCCGAGGAGGAGUGGCGCGCCGUGGUGGGCGACUCGCACCAGUGCAAGCUGUGUCGUUACACCACACAGCUGAAGGCCAACUUCCAGCUGCACUGCAAGACCGACAAGCAUGUGCAGAAGUACCAGCUGGUGGCCCACAUCAAGGAGGGGGGCAAGGGCAACGAGUGGCGCCUGAAGUGCGUGGCCAUCGGCAACCCGGUGCACCUGAAGUGCAACGCCUGCGACUACUACACUAACAGCCUGGAGAAGCUCCGCAUGCAUACCAUCAACUCCCGCCACGAGGCCAGCCUCAAGCUGUACAAGGACACGUUGGGCCUGGCCUGUGGAGGCAGAGAGGCUGAGAGGGGCCUCCUAGUGCCCCAGGCUGGGUUCAUCCUCACGGGGCAGGGGUAA